AGCCUGGGCUCGGUGCGCGCGCGCAUGGAGAGCACGGGCUCCGGGCCUCGACAUUCCUCCCCGGGUUACCGGAUUCACCACGAACAGACACGCGGCCGCCGCUAAUGAGGUAAAACAACAGUUUACCGGUGAAAUCAGGAGAAACCGCAGCGCCUGAGCCGCUCUACAGCCCGAGAGAGCAGAGAGGAGCCAUGGACAACCUGGAGAAGCAGCUGAUCUGCCCCAUCUGCCUGGAGAUGUUCACCAAGCCGGUGGUGAUCCUCCCCUGCCAGCACAACCUCUGCCGCAAGUGCGCCAACGACAUAUUCCAGGCCUCAAAUCCCUACCUGCCGACACGUGGGGGUUCUACAGUAGGUUCUGGUGGUCGUUUUCGUUGCCCAUCCUGCAGACAUGAAGUAGUUCUAGAUCGGCAUGGUGUUUAUGGACUGCAGCGGAACCUUCUGGUGGAGAACAUCAUUGACAUGUACAAACAAGAGACCAUCAGCACCAGCAGUAAGGUGGAACCAGAGCAGAAGCCUGGUGUGUUGAUGUGCGAGGUACACGAGGAAGAGAAGAUUAAUAUUUACUGUGUUACCUGUUCAGUUCCCACCUGCUCUCUGUGUAAAGUUUUUGGAGCUCAUCAGACCUGUGAAGUGGCUCCACUCAAUACUGUGUACGACAACCAGAAGGUGGAACUGUCAGAAGGGGUUGCAAUGCUAGUGGGAAACAAUGACAGAAUUCAGGCUAUAAUAACCCUGAUGGAGGAAAGCUGCAGAACCGUGGAGGAGAACGGGCGAAGGCAGAAGUCCCAUGUGUGUGAAUCAUUUGAUCACCUGUAUGCACUGCUGGAGGAGAGAAAAGGAGAACUGACUCUAAAAAUCACCUCAGAACAGCAGGAGAAACUGGAUUACAUCAAAGGCCUACAGCGCAGAUACACAGAGCACCUGGACAACAGUACCAAGCUGGUGGAGACAGGAAUUCAAACCAUGGAGGAACCAGAGAUGGCCGUCUUUCUACAGGCUACCAAACCCUUGCUGCAGAAAAUAGCGGAGGGAAGAAACACCUCUCAUCUGGAGAAGUUGGAGCGUGGCUAUGAGAAUAUGGAUCAUUUCAGAGCCAAUUUCCGACAGGAGAGGGCAUCCAUCCUCAAUAUUGACUUUGUCAGAGAAGAGGAUGAGGCUGGAGAUGAUGAUGAUGAAAACGAUGAUGACGAUGAUAAGGAAGAGGGUAAUGUGCAGGACAGGUCUCCAGCUCAGGCAUCUGGAGCAGUAAACCCUGCCCCUUCCCACCAGAACCCAACCAGUCCAGAUUCCACACCUGCCACACCCAGCAAAUCUGAGCAGACUCCAGUACCGACCCGCGCACAAACACCAAUAACCAGCUCAGGACUCAACACACCUUUAUCCCAUCCUACUCCAGGUCCUGCCCAAACCACAAACACCAGUGCAACACAGAGUACACCCUCGGCCACGCCCACCUCUGGCCCCACCCACAACCCUCCAGCCAGUACUGCAACAGAGGCUUCCUCCAGCCUCCAUGGUGGCAGCAGUGCUCUGAGCUCAGAGGAAGAUCAACCUCGCCAUGUUUUCUCCUUCUCUUGGCUCAACACAGCCAAAUAACACUGUUAGAUUGCUACCAGACUGCUGGCCCAUGCUGGACUCCCCUGUGUUUUGCUUGGUAAUUGAAAAAUCAGCAGAGACUAUGUGACGGAUUUCCAUUAUGACUGUAUUUUGUGUGUGUUUGUGUUUAUUUUUCUUAAAAUGAAUUUACAUGUGUGAACAUAAGUAUGUAGCAGUAAAGUAUUAUGUUACAAAAACAUA